UGUGUGUGAGCGUGUUGCUGAGUCAGGCGACCCCUCUCUCUCUCUCUCUCUCUCUCCAGUUGUUCUUCGCCAGUGACACUUUGUUUUAUCCGCCGACGUCAUCCAUACGGUCUGGACGCCGCCGCGCGACGGUGCCCUCUCCUCUCCUCUCCUCUCCUUUCCUCGCCGACCGACAACUUGUUCGUCCGUUGGCGCAUUGGCUGCCCAUGCGGGCGCCGCUCUCGACGCGCGCCGCUGCCCCUGCUCUCCUCCGCCGCCUGGGCUGUCCGGUGCGCCUCUGCGGUCGGAUCGGGACGGUACCGGGCACCGCUUUCAUGAAUGAAUAACGAGGCGGCUGGCGGCGGGGGGGGGGCGGGGAGGGCGGUGGAAAGAAAUGCGAGUGAAUGCGAAACUCCCCAGCAGCCGGGCUCCCGAGGGGCCAGCCACUGAUGAGAGGGAUUAGCGACGGAGCGGAGCCGCGGCUCAUUGCGGAAAAAGCCGAGUCCGACUGCAGACUGGCGAGGAGGCGCACCGCGCGGGGAACGGGCUGCGCGGCGUAGAGCGGCGACGACACCGCGGUCACCACCAUGUCCAUCCACAUCGUGGCUCUGGGCAGCGAGUGCCCCGGGGGAGUGGGGCCCGGGGAAGAGAUCAUGGGCCAGGGGCAGCUGCAGGGGGGCCUGCUGUGGAGUUACCUGGGUCAGGGGGCGCUGGUGGGACCCUGCGACCUGGAGAGCAGCCUGCACAAUCCGGCUUUCAUGGAGUACACGUCGCGCGUGUUCGGGGAUGUGACCGUGGUGGUCCGGGAUUGUCCCAGCUGGGACUUGUUGGACAGCGACUGGGCUAGCGUACGGAAAGUCCUCGAGCAGGCGGACAUCCUGGUCAUUAAGUACUCGGUGACCGACAAGCUGGCCUUCCAGCAGGUCAGGAACGGCUACGCCCCGAGACUGCGCCCGCUGCUGAGGCACUGGGGUGUACCGGUCAUCCUGGUUGCGGUUGGAGCGCGACUGAACGACGAGGGUCCUCCCUGUACGUGCCCGUUGUGUGCAUCUGACUGGAGCAGCUGUGUGCCUCACAGUGAAGGUCUGCAGCUGUCCCGGGACCUGGGGGCCACCUACCUAGAGUUGCCUUCUCUCAAUCACGUCUUUGUGGGCCGCUACUUUGGCAGCGUGCUGGAGUACUUCAUGAUUCAGUGUCUGAAACACAAAGCCAAAGAGAGGCCCGAGAAGAGGCGAGGGAACAAAGUGAACGAGCUCCAGCCCCCUCACCUAGAGCAACCAGCUCGUCUCCCUCCCAUCCGCGUGGAGGAGUCCAGCUUCUCCCAGGAUAUGCAGUGGUUGCUGGAGCGCGGCGUGCAGUUUGCCGAUGUGGCGUUCUACGCCGGGGACUCUGGGAAAGAGCUGGGGUGGGCGCACGCCGCCGUGCUGUGCGCCGUCAGCCCGUACUUCAGACAGCUGCUCCUGGGGCCCAAGAACAGGGAACGUCCACAGUCGCGCUGUGUUUGCAGGGAGCGGGACGGAGGCCCCCAUUCGCUGCUCUCCACCUGGGACGGGGGGAUUAUUGAUGACAUGCCCCGAUCAGAGGGGCACCUGACAGGGCGACUCUCCCGUCUGGUGGUGAAGGACCCGCUCCUGUGUAUGUGCCUGUGGGAGACUCUCAUGUUUAUUUACAGAGGGGCGUGGGAGUGGGAUCAUCUCCAGGAGGCCCUGGAAGAGAAGCUGAAGAACACGCUGGCUGUUACUCAGCUCAUGGAGCGCAUACGAUCUCUCAUCGGCAGAGACAGGGGCCCCCGGGAUACCCCGAGUGCGAGGGCAGCGCAGCUCGGCCCCCAGACGCUCGUCAACCUCUUCAAUUCUCCUCUUUACUCGGAUGUCAUCUUCAUGGUGCAAGGGAGCGUGUUGCCCGCCCACCGGGCGGUGCUGGUGGCACGCUGUGAUGUCAUGGCGGCGAUGUUCAGCGGAAAGUAUGCCGAGGCGCGGAGCCGGGUGGUGCCCAUCCACGGAGUCUCCUCAGAUACCUUCCUCUCGUUCCUGGAGUACCUCUACACUGACUCCUGCUGUCCUGCCAGCGUGCUGCAGGCCAUGGCCGUGCUGGUCUGUGCCGAGAUGUACCAGGUGAAACGUCUGCAGCACCUGUGCGAGGUCUGUGUGUGCGCCUACCUUCAGAGCAUGCCCAGUCGAGAGCUGUCGUCCACGGGCAUCAGCGUGGUCCGACUCCUCCGCAGGGCAAAGUGCCACAACGCAGAGCAGCUGUACAUCUGGCUCCUGCACUUCAUCGCCAACAACUACCUAAUCUUCAGUCACAAACCGGACUUCCUGGAGCUCUCAGAGGAGGAGCGAGAGCAGGUGGAGAGGCUGCGCUGGCCGUCCAGAGGCUACCUGCAGGAGCUCAGUGAGUACCAGCAGCGGCGACGCAAACUACGCAAGUCCCGCUGCAUAGUCAUGUGACCCCGCGUGGAAGCCAAACGCCUGUGGAAAAAGAGAAGAGUGGGGAAAUCAGAGGAGGAAAUAAUGAAGAAAACAGUUUUUUUCCCCAUUUGUGCUGCUUGAGGAAGGGCUGACUCUGGGGAGGGACGUGUCAUAAGACUCCUUAACAAGUAGGACAGCGACGUAUGUACGGCGCGUCGAGCGGUGACAUACACAUCCUGCACACACCUCUCUUCCCCUGAAGGAAUGUGCGCGUCCUUUGCAUAACGACUAUUCCAUCACGCGCGAUACGAAAUGACUGAUCCUUCGAACCCAACAUGAAUUUAAAAUGACUUGUCUGGCCACUGGCCAGAGGCUCUGUGAAAGAUAAUUAUAUUUCUAUCGGCUGACGCAAAAUGGUGGAUAGCAAAGAUGAACACUGACACAAAAUGGCUCCAUUACAAGUACAAAUAUACCGCAUCGAAUGACCAACGCGUCAGUCAAGAGAGCGGACCGGGAUCACGCAUGGACAUUUUCAAACUACAGUGGUGGUUGGAACGAGGAGGAAGGAAAGUUUCGCCGCAGAGUUUUUCUUCUCUACUCGACACCCGCGGAUCUCUGAAUCGCUCAUGUACAUCGGACGCGGGACGGCUCCAUCCUAAAUUAAACCCAUGAUGCAUCUGUGCAAAUGCAGCAUUUUUUUUCUUUAAGCUGGAAUAACUGUCGAGCCCCGAACUCCACAGCGGCUCAGCGAGUAUUUUAUGUGAGCGGUGACCGACAUUAACACAGACAGCGGAGGGGAAAGCCACCGGUAGAUGCUGCUGGUGGCGCAGUCGCACUCAUUCUCAUCUGUAAUUUAACAGGCCGCAGUUGAGCAGACGAGCAGCACCAAUUUAAUAACAAUUCUUUUAUUUGAAUCUUUCAGAUCUAUAGCGCAACAUCGGAGAGAGCGUAUCAGACCCAGACUGAUCUUAUUACAAUGCGAGAUAAAAUAGAUUGUGGCCGUAGUCCGUUUCACACGAGGCCAAUUUCACUUUCGUUGAGUAAUGACUUGGAAAUUUAACUCUUGGAAAUUUAAACAACACACAUUUCCUCUACAGGAUAACAUGAAAUAACGUUGAAACUAUUCCUAGUAUAUCGGCAAUAGCAAAUAAUAAAAACGUCAGUUUCUGUCACACUAACAGGCAAACGCCUUUAGUAGCAUUCACGUGUACAGAUUUAGGAAAAUCUACCAUAUCGUAAAUACAUAGGGACGAGCGUGACACCUUGUAAAACCAACGGUGUUUGGUCGUAUUCUGAUCUAGACAAUAAAGCUAAGGUUGUGUGUUUGCUGUGACAGUCAUCUGGCUGGAGCGAUGGGUAACCACAUUCAGCACAGGGCCUGUGCACGUUAAACCCGCAAGAGAAGGAGUCUGCUGGUGCCAGCUCGGCUUAAGUUAGCCACACUCAGCAAACCGAUGAUAGGACGUCGUUUUUCCAUAGAUGCUGUGAUCCCGAUUCAAAUGGGUUUAAUUUUUCGUAGUUUUAGAACAGCUGUCGUCCCAAAUCAGGAACAUUAGCUAGUACAAUAAAACCAUAAUGCCUAUGGGUGGAUACGCAAUAUUCAUUUUUUUUCCUUUUUGAGAGGUUAAUCAUAAUGAGAUUAUGAUUUAUUGGUGCUGCAAUUAUUUUUGUACACUGUACUGUGUGGACAUUUUUUUUGAUUUGCGUUUUACAUUUGGAGCAGACAGCUGGCUCAUACUGUGUUACAGUCCAAUGUUUCACUGACUUUUACUUUAAAAGGAUUAAGGAGGAAACAACUCGUCAGAUGAACCCUCAGCAAAACGAAGGGCAAAUGAAAUCAAGUGACAUUUGUGGCCAUUUUAAAAAAAAAAUUUUUUUUAAAUACAGUGGAUCAGUAUCAGUCAAAAAUAAUCGACAAACUGUGAGAUGAGGUGUUUAUCCUGUUCUGUAGCAGCACACUGUGCAGAGACCACGAUCACUGUCUCGUUCGGACACUGUACAGGUGGUUGGAGUUGGUAUCCUUCACCAGAUAGUGUGUAUCUGACCACAAUGACAGUGUCGAGGUGAACGGCAGCCGAAACACUGGACUGUUAAACAUUGUGUAACCAAGCAGCACUGCAUCCAGCAUGUGGAGACACACCUGCGGCUCCACUGAGCCAGUGUUGUACAGACUGUAGAUAACAUGACGUCUGACUUUAAAUAAAGACAUGUUUUAGAACGAA